AUGAGCCAUUCAUCAAAUGCACCACCAAUAAAGCCAUUGCUUCCACUACGAAAACAACAACAAUUUUCAAAUGGAGGCACCAGAUUGUCUCUAGGGACAGCUUCCAGGUCAUCAACAAUACAAUCAACUGCCGGCGUAUCGACGCCGUUCAAUAAUAUAUAUGGGAGCAGAGUAAGUGCAGGCAUAAAUGGGAACAGUCAGCAAGUAAAUCCAAGACAGAGCUUUCAAGGAAAUAUACAAUCUGCAUUUAUUAAUGAUAAUACCCCAUCAACUGGAAACAAACGAAGAUCAGUACUAUAUUCGGUACCUGCAUCAACAAACAAAAAGAGAUCAAGUGUAGGAAUACCAUCGCUGCAGGUAUCGCAACUGGCAAAUGCUCCACGGACAAGCUUUCAACCACUGCAAGAGCUGCUGCUGCUGCUGCUGCAACAACAGCAACCAUUUCUCAAUCGCCACAUAAAUCCUUCACAGCCAACUCCACUGUCAUCUCAGCCGUUGCCAUUCCAAUCACAUAUACCCCAACCUCAAUAUGGAGCUCUACAUCUGGUACCCACAGAUAGAGCCGUAAACCGAGCCAGACAAGAAGAAAUGACACAAAAAAUUUACAAGUUUCUAGCAACUAAUCACUUUGAAAUUAGAACAUCAAUAUCUUUGAAUGAAAAUACUUUGAAGAUUCCAACACAACGAAAUUUCUAUGAAAUCUUUAAGUUCAUGUACCACUUUAUUGAUCCUUCAUAUGUGUUUCGAAAAUCAGCAGAGCAGGAAAUAAUACCAUUACUAAAGUCGUUGCAGUAUCCAGCACUAGGUACGAUAUCAAGGUUACAGUUUAAUGCAGUUGGUGGUCAAAACUGGCCUAAUUUUUUGGCAAUUCUUGAAUGGAUACUCACAUACAUUGAAUCUAAUAUAGAUGUUGUCGAUGAUCUUAGUCCCAAUGAUGAUUUUGAUCGUAUUUUCAUGGGGUACAACUAUAGUUGUUACCUUAGGUUUCUUGAUGCAGAUGAAGAUUACGAGGCUCCACGUCAGCAAAUGUUGAGGGAGUUUGAAGAAGAAAUGGAGAAAUUUAAAGGACAAGAGAGGAACCUUCUGGUUCAAAAGGAUAAAUUGAAUGAAAAUUAUGAGCAAUUGUUGAAUGAUUUGAGACUAAGAGAUGAUGCUGAUAGGAAAACUAUUGCCUUGGAAGAGGAUUAUACCAAGCUUCGUGAAUACAUUGAAGAAGUUCAAAGGAGAAUACCAGAAUGGAGUACGAAGUUACAUCAAUUGCUGGAUGAAGUGUACUCAGCUAACGAAAAUUUGAAGACACUACAAAAGGAAAGAGAGACGUUGGAGCGGGAAUUUCAAGCCACUGGUGUAUCAAUCAAGGACAUUACUGACUUGGAAUUAAGGCGUGAUAAGUUAUCAAAGACAAUUGAAUUGGAAACAGUAAAAUUGGAGAGAAAAAAGGAUGAUCUUCAAGAAAGGAUAGCUGAUACAGAAAAUGCAUGCUUUGCCAUUGAAAAAUUGGUAGUGAACUACAACGGUAUAGUGGAAAAGUUCAACUACAGCAAUUCAGAUGGUUAUACUUUUGGAUUACAACUCAAAGAUUUGAGUGAUUUCAAUAUUGCAUACGGAAGAGAUGAAUUGUUCAAAGACAAAACACUUGGAGAAGAGUCACACCAAUUGAAUCAAUUGCGUGGUAACAUUGAUGCCAAGUUGAGUCAAAAUAGAAUUGAGCUUGAUAAAAUUAUUGAACAAUUUGAUUCGAUGCAGGAAUAUGUUACAAACCAACGUACAAACUUGGCCACUAUUCAAAAUGAUGAGUACAAACAAAAACGCAGUAAUGAUGAAAAAUCCCAACAAAUUUAUAACUUGCAAGCCAAAAUGUCGGAGGAUAUUGAAGAUCGAGAAAAGAAGAUUAGAGAUACCAAAUCUUCCAUAACGGGUAAUAUCCUCAAUUAUGAGCGUGAAUUUCAAGAUGCUCAUUUACACAAGAAAAUCGUUAUUCAAGAUUUACAACAAAAGCAAUUAGAACUUGAUGAACAAAUUUUCAAGGUUCAUGCAGACGUUACAAAAUUCAAGACUUCAUUAAGUGAGAGAUUGAUAUCUGCCUAUGAUGAUUUCACAUAA